AUGCGGAUCAAUGGUACUACAAAGUCCGCCCUUGCGAGUCACUUAGGUGAAUCGAUUUCAGGGGCUAUAACGAUAAGGGCCUUUGAGGGAGAAGAUCAUUUCUUUGCUAAAAAUUUGGAUCUUGUUGACAAGAAUGCCAGCCCAUAUUUCUGUAAUUUUGCAGCAACUGAAUGGUUGAUUCAACAUAUAGAAAUAAUGAGCGCCAUAGUUCUUUCUUCUUCUGCCUUUGUCAUGGCUCUUCUUCCUCAAGAAACUUCUAGCCCUGGUUUUGUGGGAAUGGCAUUGUCCUAUGGUCUUUCUCUAAAUACAUCAUUUGUUUCCUUUACUCAAAGCCAGUGCAACCUUGGGAAUCAAAUAAUCUCAGUGGAACGGGUGAGCCAAUACAUGGACAUACCAAGUGAAGCAGCAGAAGUCAUUGAAGACAAUCGACCAUUGCCAGAUUGGCCCCAAAAUGCCUAUGUGGAGAUUAGGCAUUUGAAGAUCAGGUAUAGGAUAGAUGCUCCCCUUGUACUACAUGGAAUCACUUGCAAUUUUGAACGUGGAGAUAAGAUUGGUAUAGUUGGUCGAACAGGAAGUGGCAAGACAACGUUAAUUGGUGCAUUGUUUCGCCUUGUUGAACCUGAUGAAGGGAAAAUAAUUAUAGACUCUGUGGAUAUCAGUAUGAUAGGCUUACAUGAUCCGCAGUCGCGUUUGGGUAUCAUUCCACAAGAUCCAACACUGUUUCAGGGUACAAUAAGAUACAAUCUAGAUCCUCUUGGGCAAUUCUCAGAUGAGAAAAUAUGGGAGGUUCUUGCCAAAUGUCAACUUCUUGAAGCUGUCCAGGAGAAGGAACAAGGACUGGAUUCACAUGUUGUGGAAAGUGGGUCAAACUGGAGCAUGGGCCAAAGGCAGCUCUUCUGCCUGGGAUGCGCACUUCUGAGAAGGUGCCGCAUCUUACUUCUUGAUGAAGCCACAACCUCUAUAGACAAUGCAACAGAUGUUCUCCUUCAGAAGACGAUCCGGACAGAAUUCAAAUAUUGCACUAUUAUUACAGUUGCCCACCGUAUACCAACAGUUAUGCACUGGGAUAUGGUACUUGCAAUGAGCGACGGGAAAGUAGUAGAGUUUGACAAACCUACAAAGCUCAUGGAAACUGAAGGAUCUCUCUUUCGCGAGCUGGUCAAGAAGUAUUGGUCAUACACUUCGAGCACAAAUAUCUAG